AUGUCGGAAAUUUCUUUGAUGAAAUCUGAUUAUCUUUAUGAAACUAAUAUUAUGGAAAAUUAUGAACGAUUAUUUCCACAAGUAAAACAGAUUAAAGUUUCUGGACUCGAAAUUAAAACACAACCUGUUUAUCAUAUAACAGAAAGCGAAGCACAUGUUUCGUUUUCUGAAUUAUCAUAUUUAAUUUCUCCAGAAGCCACAGUAUCAUACGGACAAGCUUCAACAACUGUUAUGACAACUCCCUCAAGUGUGACAUACGAAUAUUCGCCUGGUGGGAUUUUAAAUACUGCUGUAACAACAGUAACAAAAGCAGAAACCGAGUCAUCUUCACCAGCAGAAACAACUUUUAUUUCUACAGGAUCUUUGAAUAAUAAACGUAGAGAAACCCCAGAAGAAAAACGAGCGAAAAGAUUAGAAAGAAACCGAAUUGCGGUGGCGAAAUACCGUAAUAAGCAAAAGCAGAUUGUAAAAAGACUUCAAGAGCGAGAUACAUAUUUAACACAAAUGAAUACGGCAUUGCGCUCUUUGAUAAUCGAUCUCAGUAAAGAAUCUGUAGAUUUGAAACUUCAAAUUCUCGCCCAUAAUAAUUAUUGCAACUGUAAUAUCGUGCACGAAUAUGUGCGGUAUAAUGGAACGAUAUAA